AUGGAGAUGGAUGAUGACCCCGACCCGGAAAUGCAAACAGGAACCCCGGGCCAUCCUAUCAGUAUAUCUAGUGGGUCUCCGUUUCAGGGAUCCCCAUACAAUGGACCUGAUUCUUUCCAGGAGAGGAUGGGUACCUAUGAUUGGUAUUUUACCCCUUCUUCACAUAGCUCUCUGGCCCAACCGCCUUUGGAAGAUUCUCAACUCCAAGCUGUCUCACCACCACCACUUCCGGUAGAAGAGCCACCGCAGCAGCCACCGCAGCCACCUCCCGAGCCUCCGAGGCGAAGGAGGAAUGCAUGCAUGUCCGUGCGAGGAGGACCCCGUUUCAGUUCUCCUCGUGGUUUGAGUUCCUAUCCCCCUAUUCCAGAGGACCCCCAGUUGGGUGGACCCUCAAACGCGGCUUCGGAGGUUAAUCCUCCGCAAGCUUCUUAUGCACCACCUCAGGCGCCUAUGGGUUUUGAUAAUCCCAUCCCAACGUACCCAGGUUCUUCCGGGUACAAUCCUUAUAGAGACCCGUCGGGGUAUCCAUUGGGAUAUGAAACUCACGACCCAUAUCUUACGGCUGCACAAUAUCAUCACCUUUAUCCUUCUACUUACCCUCCUAUGCCUCCAACUGAAUACCCAAUUCAGGGUUAUCAGUAUCCUUCGUAUCAGCCACCUCCUCCCCAGCAGCUACAACAACAACAACAAACUCAGAAGAUCCUAAAGAGGUUGGAUAAGGUUGAGCAUAGGACUAAGAAGAACAAGGAGAGGCAUAACAGCUUUAUGAAAGGCCUCACCAACCUUAUUAAGGGGAAGAAGAAGUAG